AUGAUGAUUCUAUGGUUAUUCCUUUAUCACAACCUGAUAGUGAAUUAUCGUUUUCUUUACCAUUCACGCAAUACCUGGCUCAACAUGGUAUUGAAAAUGAUUAUUCGGACGACAUCUCGUUGACCUUAAUAGACCAGUUUAUUAACGAAGACGAGGCGGUGUCCAAUCCGGUUGUGGAUGAAGGAACUUGUCCCAUCAAUAAUUCGAUUACCGAUGAGUUAAAUGUAUUUGAUAAUGAUAUGGUCGUGGUGGAAGAACCCCCAAUCUCUCCCAGUCCACCACUACCACCACAAAGCCCCUUCGUUGAGCCAGUGUUUACCCGCCCCGUUACACCAAUAUCUCCUGAAGCGGCACCCGCGGUAUUAACUCAACCCCCUAUGAUAAUAUCGCAGGACAUCAUUGACGCCUUAUCGGAGCCUUGGGUUGAGGUGGAAAACAUUAUCAAUGGUAACGUUGAACAUCCCCCUCAACCCAAUUCACCGAUUAUUGAGGAAAAUGAUGUUCUGCCAGAGAGAUUGGUGGUGGUAGAGACCGAAAAUAACAUCAUUCGGUCACCACAACCUUCACCACCACCGUCACCCAUAAUAUUAUCACAGGGCGUCAAUGACAUGCAACAACCAUCUGUCAUUGACGCACUGGCAGAGCCGUGGGUUGAAGAGAGGAGGCAGGGUGAAGAGAUGGAUGUUGAAAAUGACAUCAUUCAACCCUCUCAAUUGUCACCCAUUCUAGGGCAAACAAAUAAUAGGAUUGAGAAUAGGGUGGAGGGUGGAGACGAUGACGACGACGAUGACAUCAUUCCACCCACUCCCCCUCACUCACGAUCAAGGAGGCGUCGGCGCCCUAGAAAGCCUCGUAGACGUUCGCGAAAGUCGCCAUUAAUAUUAAUUAUUAAUAAUUAUAAUAUUAAUAUUAAUAUUAAUGAUGUUAAUAUUAAUAAUUAAUAUUAAUAAAUCCUAUUUCCAUCCCACAAUCAUAUCAAGUACAUUUAAUUCGAACGCGAUUUUCCAAAUUUUAACAUCAUACUACCUACAACACGAUGGCAAGCAUGCUGCUCCUCCUCGAGGUCUUGCUGGAUACCUAUCUCUGAACACAAAAAAAUAUAUAUUUAUAUAGUAUAAAUAAAAGUCAUUCAAAGAUAGUAACAGAAGGCAGCAAAUUUAUAAUUAAACUUUGUUAGUAACCUGUUUAAUUUAUUGAUUUAUAUUUUCAUAAGAAAAUGCAUCACUGUGAAAACUGUAAUAAACAAUUUACAACCCGUCAAUCACGACUACGCCACGAAAAGCUCUAUUGUCAAGUGGUCAAAAAACAGGAAAAUGGAGGACCGGCCGCCAAAAAACAGAAAAUAUGUCAUUCAACUGCUAGCAACAAUUAUAUGUGCGUUACAUGUAAUCAAGAAAUUGCUCCAAAGCUUAUUACGGCCCAUGAGAGAAGUAGACAGCAUAGAAAUAAUUGUCAAAGUACUCCCUUGGAGGAUGGGGUGUUUGCACUCAGCAGUGCAUUUAAAUCACGCAUCGCUUCAUAUAGGAUUUGUGAUGAGGGCCAUUAUAUCGAUUUAAAUGAAUUUAUGGAUAAAAUUCACAAUAAAUUACUUAGACUUAUUGUUUCACAAAUUGAAAAAUUUAGUACAAUCAAAAUAAAUUUGGAAUUAUUUGGAUUGUAUACCAUUGAGUCAAAAAAUAUAUUUGAUGUAAAAUCUUUCAAUACUACUAACAGAAUUGUCACUUUAGGCACGAAUAUUAGGAAUAUGUUGCAUGACUUUCAAGAAGUUAUUAGUCAAAAAAUGAUGGAUUUUUUGGAACGAGAUUCAGGCUGGACACUUGUGAAAAUCUUACAUUUAGAAUUAAAUGUAAACUAUUACAAUCCAUUGAAAGCUUCAUCGUAUAUCCCACUACCGCCAAGCGUGAAAAUGAAGAGGGCAAUAGUUAAUGUUCAAAAUCAGGAUAUUCAUUGUUUUGGUUGGAGUGUCGUAGCAGCAGUGUGUCUACCUAUGGGACCAGAACAUUUACCCAGUUCAUAUCCACAUUGGUCGACACUUUUUAAUUUCCAAGGUAUUGAAUUUCCUGUAAAACUGGAUAGUAUUGCAAAAUUUGAAAGUCAAAAUAAUGUCUCUAUUAAUGUUUACGGACUUGAAUUACUUUAUGUAAACAAUAAGGUAAAAUUUGAAAUUGUGGGACCAUUAUAUUUUACAAACUUUAAGAAACCGG